CACAAAUAGUCCAAUGCGAAUUAUAGAAUCAGCUAUUUGUCGACUUGGAGAGACAGAGGAACUUGGCAGGAGUCCAGUGGUGAGCGUGCAGUCCAUUGUUUCUCAUUUGAGCGAGAAUCAUGUCCAGUCAGCUGUUUCCCGCCUAAGCGAGAGUCAGGAUCUUAUAGCUGACGGCUCUAGUACGUUUUGUCUUCCGAUGGUCAGGGGACAGCAUCCAGAUUUGAAAAGUAUUUCUCCAGUUACGAUGUUGGAAUUACUCAACGGUCAUCUUGAUCAUACGAUUGACAGUUAUAAAGUCAUAGAUUGCAGAUACCCAUAUGAAUUUGCUGGUGGUCAUAUAAAGGGAGCCGAGAAUCGGUAUACACACGAAAGCAUAUUAGAAUUAUUAACAUCACAGAGUCCACCAAAGGUCGGAGGAAAAAGAAAGAUUCUCGUUUUCCAUUGUGAAUUUUCAUCGGAAAGAGCACCAAAAUUGUGUCGAUUUCUGAGACAGAAAGAUCGUGAACAGAACAAAGAACAUUAUCCUGCACUUAAUUACCCAGAAGUCUACAUUCUGCAUGGCGGCUAUAAGGCAUUUUAUGAACAUCAAAAGGAUAUGUGCGAUCCGAUUGGAUACAAACCCAUGCUUCACUCAGAUCAUUCCGCUGAUUUACGUCACUUCCGUAUUAAAUCCAAAUCAUGGACUGCUGGAGAAAAACGACGUUACGCACUCAAGACAUUGAGAUUUUAAUUACCGAAAGACAAAGACAAUAAGUGCUUAUUUGUAAAUGUUUUGUUGAUUUUUUGUUUUUUGUAUAUACGCGAGAUGCGUGAUUGUAUUUAAACAAACAUUGAUGGUAUCCAUCAUUUUGUACACUGUCAUAAAUAUUAUUUGUG